UCUUGCUUGCUUGCACCUCCCCAAAGGGGCAAAGACGGCUACUGCGCCUCAGUUCAACGCCCGCCGGCCUUUCCCUUCGUCUCCCAUUCAACGCUUGGCCUCCAUCUCACCAGCUCCCAAACCUCGCGUGCACCACUCCAUGUCCGGAUCAGCAGCAGCAGGCGGAGAAGACCACGGCGCCGGUCAGCUCUACGGCAACCAUCGGCAUGCCGCCGACGGCGGCGACGUACUGGGGAACAACGUCUUCUUCCAGAGUCAUUCGGCGUGUGCCGGUGGGGACGAUGGUGGUGUCAUCCCGUCGACCUACUCCAGCAUCACCGACUACCUGCAGGGGCUCCUCGACCCCGCGGAGCUCGCCAGGCACCUGGACGCGCCUCCGUACUUCCCGGCGCCGGGAGAUGUGAUCGGCGAGGCAGCGACUCCAGUCACGCCCAACUCGUCGACGUCCGGCGAGGCGACGGGGGCCGAGUCCCACGGGUGCAAGAGAGGCAGUCCAUCGCCGGAGGAGGGGGACGAGGAUCAGGAUGGAUCGGCCGAUCAUGGCAGCUGCAGGAGCGAGAAGAAGAAGAUGAAGGAGGGGAAGAGGGAGAAGAAGCCGCGUGGGUCCCGUGUGGCAUUCGCAACCAAGAGUGCGGUCGACCACCUCGACGACGGCUAUCGCUGGCGCAAGUACGGCCAGAAGGCAGUCAAGAACAGCUCCUUCCCAAGGAGCUACUACCGGUGCACGGCGGCGCAGUGCGGGGUGAAGAAGCUGGUGGAGCGGUCACAGCAGGACCCGUCCACGGUCGUCACCACUUACGAGGGUCGCCACGCGCACCCGAGCCCCAUCGCCACCCACCGUGGCUCGCGCAUGCUAAUGGCCACUGGUGUCGACACUGUCUACUCACUCGACGUGCUCCAGCAUCAACAUCAUGGAUUUUUCCCGGCCGGUACCGACGUCUAUGGGCGCAUGUACGCACUGCCCAGUACCGACGCCUCGGUGGUGGCACACCGGUCGUCCGAGUACGGUGGCAUGCAGGUGCAUGCCGGUGUUCUUCCCGAUGCCGUGAUGAGUUAUGAGCAUGUUCAUCGUUAACUCGGUCACUCUGUUUAUGUACAUAGUACUGUAUGUCUGUAGCUUCGGUUUGGCCUUAAUUAGCGAGGCAUGCAUGGAGCUAGCCAAUGGGCACACACGUUCUUUUUCAAACUGACAGGUACAAAUUUUUGUUGUUCUGAAUUUGUUUUGGAUGUUGGAAUCAAAUUAUUUAUAGUUUUUCUAAA